CAGCUGAGGGGCGGGGCGAGGCGAGGCUGCUGAAGCGGCGCCGCUUUUACUUUCGAUUCCGCGGAGGGACGGAGGAGCGGCGGACGCGGUUACUGUUUGGUGUUUCAGAAAGUUUUGGAAGGAAAUGUCAGCGCAGGUCGCAGGGCUCGGACUGAGUUUGUGACAGCGGCUUCAAGUUUUCAGGCCUUUCGGAGACCCAAUAUAAAGACGUACACGCUGCACGGGACUGAGCCUGCUCGUGGAAUGCUUUGUGAGCGGUAGUAGGAUGACUUGACUGCAGAGAGGAGCCAUCAUUCAGGGGAUCCUGUGCCACAAAAUCCGAUAACUCCAUGGCUGCUUGUGGACACACCAUUCGGGUGCUGGGAGUGCCCCGCAAUGUCCUGUCCACUGAAAGAAUGAAGGAUCAGCUGACAAUUCACUUCCUGCGUCCCAGAAACCAAGGAGGGGAGGUCCUAAAUGUGACGUACCCCGCUGACUCGGAUGAGGAGGCUCUGGUCACCUUUGAGCUGAGCACAGUUAUGGAAGGUGUUUUGCAGCGGCCUCAAGUCCUGGAGCUCUUUGGAAAGACGUACCCUUUGAAGGUUCAGAGACCGAGCACCGCUGAUGCCCCACAGGUUGACCUGCUGGCGAGGACGACGCUCAACUUGGCUUUGUUCCCCGAUCCUUCUGGGGUCCGAGAGCUCGUGACGGCGCACAAGUUCAGGGUCCUGCAGGAGAGCGUCGACUCAAAGGAGGUGCACAUUGAGGGGUCUUUUCUGGAACUGAAGAGACUUCGAGAAAAACUCCUUGAGCGGCUCCCGGCCACCCCCAGCUGGAAACCCAGCCCGGCAGCAGUCCACAAGCCGAGGUCUGAGAACGGUGCCAUGGUCGAGCUCCCCGGCCAGGCAACUGGAACGCCUGGUAUCUCAGGGGGUGACAUUUGUAAGGGCGCCAUCGGCUGCGCUUCAGACCAGAGGACCGAUGAUCGUCGUCGCACCCGCCUCAGGAACGCUGAUCUUCUCGAUUCUUCUUCUUCUGCCGCCUCCUCCUCCUCCUCCACCUCACGAAGAUCACUUUACAGGUCCCUCAGCGUGGACCUUGCUGGUCGUGCCAGCCGCUCUGCAGACUCUUCCCAGCAUUUUGAACGAGACGUCUCUAGCCGCUCGGAACUAGCGCUCGUCAUUGUGGAUCGGCUGCUGCUGAAGUUUGCUCAGAUGUUUCUGAAGGACAAGAUGGCAGCCAUCAUAGAUGCUCGAUGUGUACUGAUGACUGUGCAGGAGGCUGGAGAUGUCAGCCACGUACGUUUAACACCCAUGGUGGGCUGUGCCAACCUGCAAGAGGCGAAAUCGAGGCUGUCGCAGUUUUUGCACGAGCUGGAGAACAGCCUGUGCCACCAGAAGAUUGACACGAGUCACAUGAGCAUGGAAGACAGGAGAGCAGCGGUGGGCAGACUGCAGAAUCUGGAAUGGCAGUACCAGGUGUGGAGCGAAAUGGAGCCGCAGCACAUUCUUCUGAUUGGCACCCCUGCAGCCACCCAGGCGCUGAAACGAGCGAUGCUGGGGGAGGGACACGAGCGAAUCGCCGACAGUCGCCAAGGACGCACGAGCAGACUGGACAGGACUGGGCUCCGUCGCAGCUCCUCCGUACCCCGCAAUCUGGAGGGCAGCCCCCAGCUUGUGCCCACCUCGAUGCCCUCUGAUAGAAGACUGGAGAGGGUGGCAGCAGCAGAGCAAAGCCCUUAUGCAUCCCCUGGCGGCAGCAGUAGAGGAGCGGGCGCAGAGUAUGGGGGCAGCAGCAGGCCAUGGAGGUCUGGGAUUGACCAUCUGGUGGCGAGCGGUGAACACAAGCAGGUUCAGAGAAGAGCCCAUCCUAUGCCAGCCAUUCCUAAAGUACUCAUGGACUACAAUUUAAGAGCACGGACUCCACUCACGAACCACAUGGAGAAGUAGAAGGAACGGGCGCCCCCAACCCCCAAGGCGCCAUCACGAGCUUGAUUUUGGUGCCUGGCCUCUCCGUUUCAUUCUAACAAGAUGGCACCCCGAGGGAGCGGCCUGCCCGCUUGACUUCCUUCCUGUGGUUGAAAGUUUAGAAGGACACAGUGGGCUUUAAGUGCCAUUCUGGGGUGGGCCACAAAUAAACGUGAAAGAGAAGAGUGUCAGAUGGGCAGGAAAUCUUGGCUCUGCGUGGUGUCACCUCCGUCCUCCGGUGGAUUUCAGUCUUCUUUUGGUUCAGGUCUCUCUGUUCAGGUCACGGCUCAUUUCUGUGUAGCCCCCGUCACGGGUGGUCUUGCUCACGGUGCUUCGCUUAAAGCCGUGCGCUGUGCCACCUUUGCAGUGUUGCUGCUGUCUGUGCCCAUGGGCGCUGUGUGGCCCAGUUCAGAUGCCACUCGGGUGAAGGCUUGUCUCUCAUUGCUUCUGGUGGUCACCUGUGCCAGGUCACAAUGGAGAAGUGGGUAGCCACCAGGUGAGGUGCCCAGUCUAAGGCCCGCUGAACCUCACUUGGCAGUGUGAGUUGAUUUGGGGGUCUUCAAUUUGUUGUCGAGUAGCUGGUGCCAGCUGCCUGAACCCUCCCCAGGUGCCCACUGGCCCGUUGGACAUUGAGAUCUCCUGCAGUUCCACACUAGGUGUGCUGGCCCAGUGCCAGUGACUGGUGGGCAAUUCAUGAGGGACAAAUGAAUUUUGAGAGUCAAGUGAAUAUCGGGCAGCAAUGACAGAACGCAUGUGCCCAUGUUGCACAGAUUCAAGUGUGAGGGCACCCAGUCUGACAAAAUGGGGAUUUCACAGUAAUAUUAUGGUUGGUGCCCACAUCACUAGAGGGCACUGUCGGACCCCCGGGGGGCAGAGACCUCGACAUGAGCGGUCACUUUAGCAGGCCAACAGAUUAUUUGAUGCGUAGAUAAGAAUUGAUUCAAAUAUUUUUGUUUUUUCUGCGGUGCCAUUACAGGCACUGCCAUUAGGAGAUGGGGUGUGUUGACGGUUGCUAUGGUUUCCAGUCCCCUAGGUGACCAGAUGUGGCGAGGCUUGUGAUGUCAUUGACGUGACAGUUCAAAAGGCCAGUGCUGUGACUUCCUGGCACUUUGCUGGCAUCUUUUUGCUUACAACUGUGGCCCUUUGGUGGUGCUGAGACUUGGCGCCGAGUUUCAAACUUCACUUGGCUUAUGCUGUGCCCCCUCUGCCAGUCAUCUUUUUCUUCCUCCCUCCAGACCUUGGCAUAGUGGGUAGGCAGAGGUAGGUGGCACUCGGACCAGAGACCUGGUGCUGUCCGGGGGGGGUCCUUUGGGCUCUUUUGGGGUCUCACUCUCAUCGCUUGUGUAUUACUUUGGCUUUAAUAAACCCCCCCGAUGUGUGCAGAUGUGUCCUC